UGACGCCUUAUCCUUCAAUCUGGCAACCUUCACGUCAGAGGUGGAGUGAAAAGGUUCGUGUCUUUCGCGACGCCGCGCUGGUCGCCACAUCUGUCAGAAUCGCACCUGGGCUUGCGGCAUGGCUCGGAAUUCAGCUCGAAAUUGAUGGAAUUGUUAAGUGUCUGAAGAAAAAAAAAUGUCUGAAGUGCGAAAAUUUACCAAAAGGCUGAGCAAACCCGGAACAGCGGCGGAGCUCAGGCAGAGCGUAUCGGAGGCUGUACGGACGUCUAUUGCUGUGGAACAAACAAAGAUCAUUGAGCCACUGGACUAUGAGAAUGUGGUGUUCCAGAGGAAGGCCCAGAUCCACAGUGAUCCUCAGAGAGACCUGCUGCUCUGGCCUGCUGAUGACGUCUCACAGGAAUCCCAGACUGCUAGACAGAGGAGAACCACGGUCCCGUCAGUGCCUCAAAACGCUGAGAAAGAAGCGAAGAGUCUGUUCGCCAAGGAGUGCAUCAAGAUGUAUAACACCGACUGGCGUGUGAUCAACUACAAUUAUGAGGCCUACUCAGGCUGUUUCCGCACUCUGCCCUGCAAAGGGAUGAAGGGGGAGAAACUCCCAUCCCACGUGUUUGAGAUUGAUGAGGAAGAGGAGGAUACUUCGUCUCUGUGCUCUCAGAAAGGAGGUGUGAUGAAACAAGGUUGGCUCCAGAAAGCCAAUAUCAACAGCAGCCUUUCUGUAUCAAUGAAGGUGUUCAAGCGGAGGUAUUUCUACCUCUCUCAGCUCCCCGAUGGGUCCUACAUUCUCAACUUUUACAAGGACGAGAAGAACUGCAAAGAGACCAAAGGCUCCAUCUACUUAGACUCCUGCAUUGAUGUGGUUCAGUGCCCUAAGAUACGGCGCAACGGCUUCGAGCUGAAGAUGCAGGAGCGCUACAGCCACUACCUGGUGGCUGACAGCGAGGCAGACAUGGAGGACUGGGUGAGCACCUUGAAGCUGGCCCUGCAGGUUGCCUCGGAGGAGCGCAGGAAUGGAGCUGAGAAUGCAGACUGCACUUUAGAUGAAGACCCAAGCAGUCAGGGCAAAUCAGAAAGUGCCAUAGAAGGUUUUGGUCGCAGUCUCCAUCCAGAGAUUAUGAAGUAUGCCAGAGAAACAGAUCAACUCAAUAAAAUCAACAGGAAUGAAUGUCGCCAGAAGAUCCUUUCUCUGGAUCCUGAGACUCAAAGACUUGACUUUUCAGGCAUAGAACCGGACGUGAAGCCGUUUGAAGAACGUUUUGGCCGCCGCAUCAUGGUCACAUGCCACGAUCUGACCUUCAGCCUACAGGGCUGUGUCAGUGAGAAAAAUGAUGGAGUUCUGACUAACGUGGAACCUUUCUUUAUCAGUCUGGCGUUGUUUGACGCAGCCAAAGGCUGCAAGAUCUCAGGAGACUUCCACGUGGACCUGAACCAGCCAUACGUGAGGGACAUGCUGAAUGACGCCUCUCCUCAGAUGCCCACAGAGGCAGGCGAGGCAAUUGAGGCAGCCCAAGGUAGUGGCUUGCCCAUUAUCCAGAGGGUGCCAGAGUCCCUUCUGUGCUUUCCAACCCAGGGUAUCUUCUCUGUCACAAACCCCCACCCGGACAUCUUCCUGGUGGCCCGGGUGGAGAAGGUUCUGCAGAAUGGCAUCACUCACUGCGCUGAGCCCUACAUUAAGACAUCCGACAUGAGCAAGACAGUUCAGAAGGUGCUGAAGACAGCCAGGCAGACAUGCCAGAGGCUUGGCCAGUACAGGAUGCCCUUUGCCUGGGCAGCUAAGCAGGUAUUUAAAGAUGUCCAGGGUAGCUUGGACGUGGAUGGAAAAUUCUCCCCUCUGUAUCGUCAAGACAGCAAUAAGAUCUCUACGGAAGACCUCAUCAAGCUGCUGAUUGACUUCAGAAAACCAGAAAAAAGCAAGUUGCAGAUCAUCCCAGCACAGAUGAACAUCACCAUCGAGUGUGUGCCCCCAGACUUGUUCAAUUCAGUCACCUCAUCGUACAUCCCAGUGAAGCCGUUUGACGAGCAGUGCGAGAGAGCCUCUGUGGAAAUGGAAGAGUUUGUUCCAGAAGAGGCCAAAUACCAUCACCCUUUCACCAUCUAUAAGAACCACCUCUAUAUCUACCCCCUGCAGCUAAAAUAUGAAAACCAGAAGACCUUUGCCAAGGCGAGGAACAUUGCCGUGUGUGUGCAGUUCAGAGAUUCAGACGAGGAGGGAGCAUGUCCGAUGAAGUGCAUCUACAGCAAACCGGGGGGUUCACUCUUCACCACUAGUGCUUUUGCUGCCGUGCUGCAUCAUAACCAGAGCCCAGAGUUUUAUGAUGAAAUUAAAAUUGAGCUGCCGGUCCAUAUUCAUGAGAAACACCACCUUCUCUUCACCUUCUAUCAUAUCAGCUGUGAGCUCAGCAAUAAAGCCAGCUCUAAGAAGAGGGAAGGCGUCGAGACACUGGUGGGAUAUGCCUGGUCACCAUUACUAAAGGAUGGGAGGAUACAGUCUUCAGACCUUCAGCUUCCUGUUUCUGCUCAUCUACCUGCUGGCUACCUCUAUGACAAGAACCAAGACUCCAAGAAGUCAUCCCCAGACUUCAAGUGGGUGGAGAAUGCCAAGCCGCUGUUCAAAGUGAAGACCUACGCAGCGUCGACAGUUUACACUCAGGAUUUACACCUCAACAAUUUCUUCGAGUACUGCCAGCGGAUGAGGUCCACCUCGGAGGAGAACCCUACAGAGCUCAUCAAAUACCUGAAGUGCCUGCACGCUGUGGAGACUCAUGUCAUCAUCAAGUUUCUGCCCACCGUGCUUGUGCAGCUAUUCCACGUCCUCGCUACGGCAAGCAAAGAGGCUCAAGAGAUCGCCGUCAACUCCACACGUGUGAUCAUUCACAUUGUGUCCCAGUGCCAUGAAGAAGGUGUUGAGCACUACCUACGUUCUUUUCUCAAGUAUGUGUUUCUCACAAAUAACCCGGCGUCAGGGACCUCAGUUACCACGCAUGAGGUUUUAGCCACCGCUGUGACUACCAUUCUCAAACAGACUGCAGACUUCUACACCUGCAACAAACUGCUGAAGUAUUCCUGGUUCUUCUUUGAGACAAUGGCCAAGUCAAUGGCGCAGUACCUCCAGGAAGGCAACAGAAUGAAGAUGCCCCGGGCCCAGAGGUUCCCAGACUCUUUCCAGCAGACGCUGCAGUCUCUACUGCUCUCCAUCAUGCCCCACAUCACCAUCCGUUACGUGGAGAUCCCCGACGAGGCCCGCAGUGUCAACAUCAGCCUGGCCAGCUUCAUUAAGCGCUGCCUGACCUUCAUGAACAGAGGAUUUGCUUUCAGUCUGGUGAAUGACUACAUGUGUGGCUUUGGUCAGAAAGAUCCCAAGGUUUUGACAGAAAUGAAGUUCUACUUCCUCAUGACAGUGUGCAAUCAUGAGCACUACAUUCCCCUUAACCUGCCCAUGGCUUUUGGUCGAACCAAGUUACAGAGGGUCCAGGAUAUUAUUUCAUACGCGGCGGAGUAUUUUGGUGUUAUAGACCAGAGUCUGGAGUACAGCCUCACCGAGGACUAUUGCAGGAACCACUUCCUGGUGGGCUUGCUCCUGCGAGAGGUCGCUGAGGGGCUACAAGCCAGCCCAGAGAUCAGGCAGCUGGCUGUGGCCAUCCUGAAGAACCUGAUGAUCAAGCAUGCCAUGGAUGACAGAUAUACAGCAUUUAAGAACCAUCAGGCCCGCAUCUGCGUGCUCUACCUGCCGGUCUUUGAGCUACUCUACCAGAACCUGAACCAGCUGACUCCUCAGAGACAGCCCUCGCGAUCUGGCUUUGGCUUCAUGUGCAGAGACUACCUAUCCAUGUGCGGUUCGGUAGACAGUCGCCGAGUCAGUACCGUCCUCGACAAGGAUCAGUCUGGGGGCAUCAAUCAAAAUGGACAUGUAAGGAGAGAAGAAUCAAGAGGGUCCAUGUAUGGAGAUCCAGGCACUCCAGAUAUUAAUGAGCUACACAGACGUGGUUCCACAAUGAGCAACCUUCCCGCUCUUGGGAGACUCGGACAUUACGAAGUUAAAGGGCUGCUGCUGUGUUUCUUGCACAUCAUCAGGAACGUCACAGAGGACACCCUAUUGGCCUACUGGAACAAAGUGAAUCCACAGGACAUCAUGAAUUUCCUGAGUCUUCUAGAGAUUUGUCUGGUCCAGUUUCGUUACACUGGCAAGAGGAACAUCAGUAGGUGUCCAGAGUGCUGGCUGUCCAAGGUAUUCACUUCAGACAGGAAGUCCCAGACACUCCCGGUGAUGCGUGGCCGCUCCAGCCUCCUGCAGGCCAGCCUGCAGCAACUCAGCACUGUGGAGGCCUCGCAUACCCUCAGCACAGGAGGGGGUCCCACAGAAGCAGAGAUUAACCAUCAGGCCCUGCUGGAGGGCAACAUCUCUACAGAGGCUUGCCUCAUCGUACUGGACACACUCUCUCUCUUUACUCAGAGCUUUCGGAAUCAGCUGCUGGACAGUGAUGGCCACAACGCUCUGAUGAAGAAAGUGUUUGACAUUUACCUCACGUUCCUGAAAGUGGGCCAGUCAGAGGUGGCGAUCAAACAUGUCUUUGCCUCUCUGAGAGCCUUCAUCACCAAGUUCCAGGUGGCUGUCUUCAAGGGUCGCGUGAGCCUGUGCAGCUCGCUGUGUUACGAGGUGCUGAAGUGCUGCGUGUCCAAGUUGGCUGCGGUGCGUGGCGAUGCGGCAGGCCUGCUGUACCUCCUCAUGAGCAAAAACUUUGAGUACACCAAGAGGAAGAGCUUCCUCCGUAUUCACCUACAGAUCAUCAUUGCCGUCAGCCAGCUAAUCGCGGAUGUGGCUCUGACUGGCAGCUCGCGCUUCCAGGAGUCACUCUCCAUCAUCAACAACUUUGCCAACAGUGACAAAGCUAUGAAGACCACCUCUUUCCCUGCGGAGGUGAAGGGCCUAACCAAGCGCAUCCGCACCGUUCUGAUGGCCACAGCACAGAUGCGUGAGCACGAGAAGGACCCCGAGAUGCUGCUGGACCUGCAGUACAGCCUGGCCCGCUCCUACGCCAGCACGCCCGAGCUCAGACGCACGUGGCUGGACAGCAUGGCGCGGGCGCACCUGAAGAACGGCGACUGCUCCGAGGCAGCUAUGUGCUAUGUCCACAUCGCAGCUCUUGUGGCAGAGUAUUUACACAGGAAAAAGCUGUUCCCUAGUGGACUAGCAGCGUUUAAGAAGAUUACCUUCAACAUAGAGGAGGAGGCUGCCAUGAAGGAAGACUCGGGCAUGCAAGAUGUGUACUACACUGAGGAUGUUUUGGUAGAGCAGCUAGAGGUGUGUGUAGAAGGCCUGUGGAAAGCUGAACGGUUUGAACUUAUUACACACAUUGCCAGGCUCAUCAUACCAGUCUAUGAAAAGCGACAUGAGUUUGAGAAGCUGAGGCGGUUGUAUGACACUCUACAGAGAGCCUACUCUAAGGUCCUGGAGGUUAUGCAGAGUGGUCGUCGUCUGCUUGGAACCUACUUCAGAGUGGCCUUUUACGGGCAGGGCUUCUUUGAAGAGGAGGAUGGGAAAGAGUACAUCUACAAAGAGCCAAAGCUGACGGGCUUGUCAGAAAUUUCUCACCGGCUUCUCAGUCUUUAUGGAGAUAAGUUUGGAGCAGAGAAUGUGAAGAUAAUCCAAGACUCCAACAAGGUUAAGCAGAAAGACCUGGACCCGAAGUUGGCCUACAUACAGGUAACCUUUGUCAAGCCUUAUUUUGAUGACAAAGACCUGGUGGAGAGAACGACAGACUUCGAGAAGUGUCACAACAUCAACCGCUUUGUUUUUGAAACACCCUACACCCUCACGGGGAAGAAGCAUGGUGGCGUGGAGGAACAAUGCAAAAGGCGAACGAUACUUACAACGGCAAACACCUUCCCCUAUGUGAAGAAGCGCAUCGAAGUGGUGGCAGAGAGGCAGCUGGAGCUGAAGCCCAUUGACGUGGCCAUCGAUGAGAUGAGGGAGCGCAGUGCUGAGCUCCACAAACUCUGCUCCAACCAGGAGGUGGACAUGAUCCAGCUUCAGCUCAAACUGCAGGGCUGUGUCAGUGUGCAGGUCAAUGCUGGACCCUUGGCUUAUGCUAGAGCCUUCCUGGACGAGUCCAAAUCUGGCCAGUCCAGUAAGAAGGUGAAAGAACUCAAGGAUAUGUUCAGGAGGUUUGUUCAAGCAUGCAACAUGGCUCUAGACAUUAACGAGCGACUCAUCAAAGAAGACCAGUACGAGUAUCACGAGGGAUUGAAAUGCAACUUCAAAAGUAUGGUCAAAGAGCUGUCUGACAUCAUCCACGAACAGAUCUUCGAGGAGGAUGCCAUGUGCUCCCUCUUACAAAACUCUCUUCAUGUGUUUCGUGCCAUCAGUGGGACUUCUUCUAACUUCAGCUAAAUCCCUUCUCCUUGCUGAUGGAGCAUCACCUUAAAGACCAUCUAUGCUCUGCAUACCAGAAUUUUAUAGUAUGACCUUCAGCGAUCUGCUCCUCGUGCUAACAGUGCUAGAAUGUCACCCAAAAGGUGCCAUGAUGCUGCAGCUGACUAUCGCUGUCCCAUUCUAAAGGAAUGUGUCCAGCACAUCAGAGUCCACCACAGUGUCCAGCUACUCCUGACAGACUGCAGUGCACCAUUCAUUCAUGUGUACCCUACUCAGCAAACCUUAAAGAGAUGUCUUGGGACACCAGCUGAAAGUUGCAACAACUCUCAUCUCAAUGUUCACAUAUUGCAAAAAAAAAAAAAA